UUUGCAAAUAAAAACUUUAAAUACACUGAUCACAGUCAAAUCGAACAACAUUUCGAUUAUUUUUACCGGUUUUCAUUAUUUUAAACUUUUUAUAGCAAAAACAAGGAGCAUGGAGGAGACAUUAUCAGAAGAUGUUGACCCAAGUGUCGAAUUUCUAUACAAAACAAUGUUAGAAAGAGAUCCAAAGAAGAGAAAAGUAAAACCAGUAGAAAAACAUUUAAUUCAAGUAGACUUUGGUUUAGAUGAUAGUGAUGAUGACAGUGACUUUGAAGUAGGAGACCAUAAAGCAGAUUCAGAAGAAUCUGAUGGAGAAGGAGGAGAAAAUGAUAAAGAUUCAGAAGAUGAUAAAGAUGAUUAUUCAUCAUCUCAGUCAUCCGACAGUGAUAAAGACGAAGAAUCUAAAGUUGAUGAAGAAGAGAAUGAGGAUGCAGGAGAUAAUUCCAUAGAUUCAGAUUACGUACCAAAUGCCAAUUCAGCAAGACCAAAGAAUUUAAAAUUGACCAUAUGCUGUGUUUGUCUAGGGGAUGUAAGUGUAGAAGAUGAUGAAAUUGUUGAGUGUGACAACUGUGGAGUAUCUGUUCAUGAAGGUUGCUAUGGUAUCAGUGAGAAUCAGUCAACAUGCAGUACAGUGUCCUCUGCUAGUACAGAACCAUGGUUUUGUGAUGCAUGUAAAGCAGGAUGUAAUCCAACAUGUGAACUCUGUCCUAACCUUGGAGGUAUUUUCAAGGAAACAGAUGCUGGAAAAUGGGUCCACCUUGUAUGUGCUUUAUAUACUCCUGGCGUUGCCUUUGGUGAUGUGGAUAAACUCAGUCCCGUAACUUUGUUUGAGAUGUCCUAUUCCAGAUGGGGUGCAAGGGACUGCACCCUUUGUGAAGACCCAAGAUUCAGUAGAACAGGUGUCUGUAUAAGCUGUGAUGCAGGAAUGUGUAGGACAUAUUUUCAUGUCACAUGUGCUCAGAAAGAAGGAUUAUUGUCAGAGGCUGCACCAGAUGAAUGUAUGGAUAUAGCAGACCCUUUCUUUGCCUACUGUAAAAUGCAUGCAGAAAAACACAUGGCACGAGCUAAGAGAAGAAACUGGUUGGCAAUACAGUCACAUAUAAAGAAACAUGCUACAGUAAACAAAAUUGAAGAUGAAAAAGAAAAGGCUAGAUUUGAGAGAAAAUUAAACAGACAUAGGCAGAAGUUUCACUUAGCAAUGGGAAAGAGACCUCCAGCAUGGGUACCUACCCAAAAGUUAGUAAGAUAUUUGACAUCAAGUCCUUCGUGUGUGAGGAAAAUGUUAAAGAAAGCAGAAUUAAUGGGUGUUAUUACACAGACCACACAUGUAUCUGAUGAGAAGCAGGAAGUAAGAAAGAAAUCCCAUGUACCAGCAGCAUUAUCUGUAGAAUUUGUCAGCUACUUCUUAGAAAGAAAUAACAAAAUAGACAGCAUGAAAGCCAGUAUAAAAGAUACAAUAUUACAGAACAAAAAACUACAAGAACAAGAAAAGAUACUGAGGAGACAGUAUGAUCAGUUAUUUGAAGAUGCAGAAGAGUUGAGAGAAUCAGGAAGGAAAAUGAGGAAGGAAGGAGAAAGCUUAUGGAAUAUUCUCAAUGAUAUUGGUAAAAAGAAUUUACCACUACCAGAUGUGUUCAAAGUAAAGAAGUCACCAGUAAAGUUGAUAAUGACCACCAGAAGAGAAAAUACAAGUAACAUGGGGAGUAAAUUGUUACACUCACCUAACCUGUUAAUACACCACUGUGCUGUAUGUAAGAAGUCAACAGAUACCCACAUGAUGGUGAAGUGUGAUAGCUGUAAACUGUAUUACCAUUUGGAAUGUUUAGAUCCACCACUCACAAGAAUGCCAAAGAAAACAAAACUUAUGGGAUGGCAAUGUUCAGAAUGUGACAAAUCCAGUAGUGAUGAACAGGAUGUCCCUGCUGAAGAACUAGAAGCCCCCAGAAAACUUAGAGAAAAAAUAAAAGAACCAAACAAAUGGGGAAAUGAUUUACAGUUUGAAUUUGCUAAGUUAACAAAAUAUAAAAUGAAGAAGAAGAAAACAAAGAAGAUAAAGAAAGAGAAAGUUGAGGUUGAAAGUACAGAUAGCCAAGAUAAGAUAAUUAACAGCCCAGAAAAAAUGAUAGUUGAUAUGACUAAAAACUUAAAGAAAAAGAGACCAAUAGAACACAAUAGACCAGCAAAGAAAUUAAAAGAAGAAACAAUAGAACUAGAAUGUGUGGUUUGUUGUAAACCUGGUACCCCUUCUGAUACUGUCAGGUGUGAUGAGUGCAGAUUAUCGUAUCACUUUGGAUGUUUGGAUCCUCCUAUGAAGAAGACACCGAAACAGAGAGGAUACUCGUGGCAUUGUGAAGCAUGUGAUCCUACAGAUGACUCUGAUGAUGAUGAGGCCGAAGCUGAAGAAGGCAAUGAGUAGUGGUCAUAUCAUCCAUAAACUUUACACACAUUAUACAGGAGUAUAUAAUGUCAUUCAAAUACUAAAUUAAAAUGUCUAUCAUGAAUGUUU